ACGUCUCAUCGCUCUUCCUGUUUGCAUCUCAGAGCAAUGGCGGCGGCUGCACGGCUCUUCUGGAGGAGAAGUUCAGGCGUUAAGUCGUCAUUCAGCGGUUUAUCCGGCGCCCUGCAAAGCAGUUUGAGGGUAACUCUUCUGGAACUGUCCCCUGACUGCACAACCAAGCCGAAAACACAGAUAAGACAUGCAGCGCACUUCACUUAUCACCCUGACCCUGUCCCAACUCAGUAUGGGCCCACACAGAAGAUGAAUUUUUUCCAGGCAAUUACCAGUGCACUGGACAAUACUCUAGCAAGUGAUCCCACCGCAGUCAUUUUUGGUGAAGAUGUCGCUUUUGGUGGGGUUUUCCGAUGCACAGUUGGACUGAGAGAUAAAUAUGGUAAGGACCGAGUGUUCAACACCCCAUUGUGCGAGCAGGGCAUUGUGGGAUUUGGUAUAGGUGUGGCCGCUGCGGGUGCCACGGCUAUUGCAGAGAUUCAGUUUGCUGAUUACAUUUACCCAGCAUUUGAUCAGAUUGUAAAUGAAGCCGCCAAGUACCGAUACCGCUCUGGAAACAUGUUUGACUGUGGAAACCUGAUCAUCAGAUCUCCAUGGGGCUGCGUGGGUCAUGGCGCGCUCUAUCACUCCCAGAGUCCAGAAGCCUUCUUCGCACACUGUCCUGGGAUAAAGAUUGUUGUGCCCAGAGGUCCAGUCCAGGCUAAGGGUCUCCUCCUCUCCUGCAUCGCUGAUCAGAACCCCUGCAUCUUCUUUGAGCCCAAAAUCCUGUACAGAGCAGCAGUGGAGCAAGUCCCCUCAGAGGCCUAUCACGUCCCUCUUUCACAGGCUGAGGUCCUGCAGGAAGGAAGUGAUCUCACAAUGAUCGCCUGGGGCACACAGGUGCAUGUUAUGAAGGAAGUGGCCUCCAUGGCACAAGAGAAGUUGGGUGUCUCCUGUGAAGUCAUUGACUUGCAGACUAUUUUACCUUGGGAUAUAGACACAGUUUGCAAGUCUGUGGUGAAGACAGGUCGCCUGCUCAUCAGUCACGAGGCUCCGGUGACAGGAGGAUUUGCUGCUGAGAUCAGUUCUGCAGUUCAGGAAGAGUGUUUCCUUAGUUUAGAGGCACCCAUCACUAGAGUCUGUGGAUAUGACACACCCUUUCCACACAUCUUUGAACCCUUCUGCAUCCCAGACAAAUGGAAGUGCUUUGAAGCUGUCAAGCGUAUGAUCAACUUCUGAAACCCAGACAACAGGAUUUAUAACAUAACUCUCUUCUGCUAUCAGUGAACUGACCACAACAUUGAUCUCAACAUGGCCGCCUUCAAAAGAUUGGACCACUUUACCUGAAGGGCUGUAAUCCUUUUGGGGGGACCCUAGAAAUUCUCCUGGAUCUUUGUCUGAAGAAACAUUAACUGAAACAUGGUUCAUGAACACUUACAUUUAGACAUAGGCUAUAGGUAUUUUGUUGUAUUGUCUAUUCCUGAAUCUCUGUUAUAUUGCUGUUACCUAAACUAUCACCAUCUUCCAUCUAGAUUUUUGUUAUUAUACUUAAAUGGGAGUCUGGUAAUUAAAGGGUAGAGUUUUUGGUGUGAUGCUGUGUUUAUCUUUCUUAUGUGUGUAAUUAGUGACUUUGAAGCUUUGAUUUAAUUGAAUAAAUAAGAUUUACUUCA